AUGUUAAGUCAUCUUUCGGUCGCAGAGACACCUUUCACUGAGAGGCAGCCCACGGAUCAGAGCACUCCUGACCGGCCCGAGCUUAGUGAAGCAGAAUGCGACAUCGAUACUCUCAAGAAGCUGAAGCUCGGAUUGAGGUCCACCUUGUGGUCCCGACCUGCUGCUGGUGGAAACGGACAACCUACAGACUAUUCCAUUGCAGUAUAA